AUGGGUCUUCCCGAGCGCCGCAGCGCCACGGUGCCCGCCGCGCGCCGCACCGGCGGCCCGCCGGCCAUCAACCCCAACCUCAUCCUCGGCGUGCGCUUCAUCCUCACCAGCCUCGUCUGCGCCCUCGCGCUCGCCACGGCCAUCAUGGCCAUCCUCGUCGUCGACUACUACAACAAGCACGACCCCAUCAUCCGGCCGUCGUGGGGCUCGCUCAUCUUCCUCAUCAUCCUCGGCCUGUUCACCUGCAUCAUCUACUUUGGCUACAACAUUGCCAUGCCGCUCGCGCCCUUCAUCAACUACGGCGACUUCCUCUACGGCCUCUUCAUGGUCAAGCUCGAGCUGCUGCUGCAGUUCACCAUGUGCGUGCUGUGGGUCUCGGGCGCGCUCGCCUAUGCGUCGGACAUGCGCGGCUACGAGAACUGCCAGUUCGACGGCUACCUGCACUACCCGCGGCCCGACGACUUUGAGCACGUGUGCGACCUGACCAACUGGACCGUGCCGCUGGCGUACGCCACGUUUGGCAUGCAGGUUCUGCUCUGGUUCUUCGAGAUGUGCUUUGGCAUCUACACGUUCCUCUACCUCGACCAGGAGAGCCUCAACGAGCCGCACUUUGCCUGGGGCCGCCGCGCCUACGACUACCGCACCGGCGCCGGCUCGUCGGGCGCCGCGGGCCGCGGCAACACCUACCGUGCGCGCGCCGUGCCGGCCGACGACGGCAGCGACGCCGGCUCGCAGCCGCGCUCGACGGGCCGGCGCGGCGCCGCCUACAACGACCCCGAGCGCGGCUCCGAGGAGAUGGCCGAGGACCGCUCCGACGCGCGGCCCGCCAGCCUCGGCGCCCGCGGCCGCCGCGGCUACGACGAGGAGGAGGGCGAGCUGGCCGAGACGGAGCAGCGCGGCGCUCCGAGUCCGGAAGGAUGGCACCUGCGCGACGAGCCAGCCGGCUCGCAUCGUGCCUGA